AUGAGAAAGCUCGGUAGCUCGGAUCUGGAGGAAUCCGAGACCACAGACGAUCACACGGAUGGCGAAGACUCUGCCACGGGUACCCCCAACAGCUGCUACAAGGGGACCAAGCACGGCAUCUUUGCCAGACGGGCACGAUUUGGGAUUGGCGACGGGGACAAGGACAUGGCCCCCAUGGAUUCCUUCUACCAUAUGGAGCAGCUGGACUCCAACCCCAUCAUCAAGUUAAGCUUCAGGUUGGAAAGAGGGCGGUGUGGGAACCAUUGUCCCAAGCUACUGUCCACCGCAUCCAUCGGGGUCUGCGCCGCGAAAGCUUUCAAGAUAUACGACCGGAGGAGUCUCUUUGAUGCUGUCGCACAAGGCGAUCCCAGCCAGCUGGACGAUUUGCUGAUCUACCUGCUGGAAUCGCUAAAAAACCUGACUGAUGCAGAGUUUAAAGAGCCCGACACGGGCAAGACGUGCCUGCUGAAGGCCAUGCUCAAUCUUCACAACGGCCGCAACGACACCAUUCCUCUCCUGCUGGAGAUCGCGGAGAAGACGGAGAACCUGAAGGAGUUUGUCAACGCCGGAUACACAGACGGCUACUACAAGGGUCAGACGGCCCUUCACAUCGCCAUCGAGAGGCGCAACAUGUACCUGGUCAACCUCUUGGUGAAGAACGGCGCAGAUGUCCACGCGAGAGCCCACGGGGAAUUCUUCCAGAAGAUCAAGGGGAAGCCGGGGUUUUAUUUCGGAGAGCUGCCCCUCUCUCUCGCCGCCUGCACCAACCAGCUGAACAUCGUCAAGUUCCUGCUGGAGAAUCCUUACCAGCCGGCCAACAUCGCCGAGCAGGACUCGAUGGGCAACACCGUCCUCCACGCCCUGGUGGAGAUCGCCGACGACACCGACGACAACACCAAAUUUGUCACCAAGAUGUACAACGACGUGCUCAUCCUGGGGGCGAGUAUCAACCCCACCCUCCGUCUGGAGGAAGUUGCCAACCGCAGAGGGCUGACCCCGCUCACUCUGGCCGCCAAGACGGGGAAAAUACAGGUCUUCGCUUACAUCCUUCGGCGGGAGAUGAAGGAGCCAGAAUGCCGUCACCUCUCUCGGAAAUUCACCGAGUGGGCCUACGGACCCGUCCACUCCUCGCUUUACGACCUCUCCAGCAUCGACACCUGUGAGAAGAACUCCGUCUUGGAGAUCAUCGCUUACAGCAGUGAGACCCCGAAUCGCCACGAAAUGCUCCUGGUGGAACCGCUCAACCAGCUCCUGCAGGAUAAGUGGGACCGGUUUGUGAAACAUCUCUUCUACUUCAACUUCUUCAUCUACACGGUGCAUAUCCUCAUCCUCACAGUCGCGGCCUACUACCGACCUACCAAGAAAGAAGGAACGCCUCCGUUCACUUUUCAUCACACGAGCAAUGAGUACUUCCGGGUCACCGGGGAAAUCCUGAGCGUGUUGGGAGGCGCCUACUUCUUCUUCCGAGGGAUCAAGUAUUUCCAACAAAGGCGCCCGUCUCUGAAAGCCAUAUGUACCGAAUGCUACAGCGAGCUGCUUUUCUUCGUCCACUCGGUCCUCCUGCUGGGCUCGGCCGUCCUUUACUUCAGCAAGCAGGAAACCUACGUGGUGCUGAUGGUGUUUGCCCUGGCACUGGGCUGGUCCAACCUGAUCUAUUACACCCGGGGCUUCCAGCAAAUGGGCAUCUAUUCCGUGAUGCUGGAGAAGAUGAUGCUACGAGAUCUGGGACGUUUUAUCAUGGUUUAUCUACUCUUCCACCUGGGAUUUUCGACAGCGGUGGUGACCCUUAUUGAGGAAGACGAUGGGCGUCCAGAGACCUCUCCGCCGCCGGAUGUCUGCCCGUGUCCCAUGAAGGCCCGCCCAUCCUACAACAAUCUCUACACCACCUGCCUGGAGCUCUUCAAGUUCACCAUCGGGAUGGGCGACCUGGAGUUCACCGAGAACUACCGCUUCAAGUCCGUCUUCAUCAUCCUCUUGCUCUUCUACGUGGUCCUCACCUACAUCCUUCUCCUGAACAUGCUGAUCGCCCUCAUGGGAGAAACCGUCAACAGGAUCGCGCAGGAGAGCAAAAGUAUUUGGAAGCUGCAGCGAACUAUCACAAUUCUAAACAUCGAGAACAGCUACUGGAACUGCAUCAUUAACUCUUUCCGGUCCGGGAAACGAGUUUUGGUGGGGACCACCCCAGACGGCAAGGAAGAUUAUCGCUGGUGCUUUCGAGUGGACGAGGUGAAUUGGUCCACGUGGAAUACCAACCUCAGCAUCAUCAACGAAGACCCCGGCGGACACACGGAAGAGCUGAAACGCAACCUCAGUUUCUCUUUCAAAUCCGGUCGAGUUUCGGGGAAGAAUUGGAAGACUUUGGUGCCGAUUCUAAGAGACGGGAAACGAGAGGGAUCCCUCAAACCGAUUUCCGAGGAUGGUGCCGAUUCCGAAGAGCAAGACACCCGGAAGAAGUCCCUGCCCAAGUUGGUUUAA